AUGGCUGAUAUUACCCCUCUCAUCCACGGGAGUUUCAACGGAGGAACACCGCUUCUAGACGUCUUGGGCAGCGCUAAGCUGAUGAAGGCAACCGACUUCCCCCGCGUCGCCGACGUCAACUCUAUUGCGGUAUCUGCGGAAGGCCUUACCCGGAAAGAGCCCGCUAGAGAGCAGCUCCUCAAGCAUCCCAUACAGCCACAAUAUCUCGACCCGCUCUGGACUCUCAUCCUUGAGACUAUUGAGGUGAACCUUGGCUUCCAUCGAUUUCGAGGCGCAACGCUCUUCAUAAAUGCUAAGAACACGAAGCUCGAAUUCAGCCAUCCUAGCCUCACCCAAGCCUAUGGAAUCUGGGAGCAGCGAUGGUCCCAUGCGGCCAAUCCCGAGUUUUAUAAUAAGGACAGUACAUAUGUCGAUCUCGCAAAGCAGGUAACGUCGGAAGAUAGUGCGCUGCCUUAUGACCAGCUCUCUUGA